ACUGGCAGGGCGCGCCGCCCGUCAGCACGCAGCCGAGCAGGACCGGCUCUCGCAGGAGGUGAGCGCACGGGAGCAGAGCCUGGAGCAGGCACGGCUGGAGCUGGCGUGGGCCAGAGCAGAGCUGCAGCGAGCGUGGAGGGAGGGCAACAGCAGCCAGCUGGAGAUGGGGAGCCUGAACGCCGAACUGAGGCGCGUCAUGGGGGUCCUGGGAAAGACGGAGAAGGAGAUGCAGGAGGUGCAGGGGAAGCUCAACAACAGCGAGAGCACUGUGGCCAUCCUGCGCUCCUGCACGGCUAUAGAUUGCUGCCCUUCGGGCUGGCUGCUGUACAGGGGCAAGUGCCUCUUCAUCUCGUCGGAGAAGAAGACAUGGGAGGAAAGCAGAGAUGAGUGUGAGAAGAAAUAUUCUCAGCUUCUGGUCACCAAAUCCUGGAGUCGCUGGACCGUGCCGACCUUUCUGAAGAAUGCGGACAUCCCGUACUGGAUCGGGCUGCAGAAGAGCAGCUACCCAUGGUACGACUACGGCUGGCUGGAGGAAGGGGACCUGGAGGGUGAGGGAGUCUCGGACGCCUGGUUCUGGGUGGAUGGCUCCCUUUAUGAAAGGCCAUGGCAGUCAAAGUCAAACGGGUCCUGUGCCAUAAUAACCCGUGGGAACAUCAAACCUGCCCAGUGCACCAGUCCCGACCACCUGCACCUCUGGAUCUGUGAGAAAGCGGCGGGACCGAGCUCUUUCAUGUGA